CCUCUUUCUGCUGUUAUGGGGAGCGCGGUGGCCACGGAACGCUGCCCGGAGCCGCGCGAGGGAGGACCCGACGCGCGGCGUUUACCCGGCGCAGCGUUCCACCGCUCGGGUUUGGCUGGAAUAGCUCUCCAGACCCCCAGCUGGCCAUGUGGUGAGCUCAGGGCCCAAAUCAAGUAGUACCAGCAAUCGGGGAACCCCCUCUAUCUGUUUUGAAUGGAUUCACACCAGUCACAAGCCUGGAAAGAUGGUGUCACAGUCUACAGUCAGGCAAGAUUCUCCUGUGGAGCCCUGGGAAGGGAUCAGUGAUCACUCUGGCGUUAUUGAUGGUUUGCCCAGACUCCUGAACACUGACCAUCCUCCUUGCCAAUUAGACAUCAGGCUCAUGAGGCACAAAGCUGUCUGGAUCAACCCCCAGGAUGUGCAGCAACAGCCGCAGGACUUGCAACCUCAGGUGCCAGCAGCAGGGAACAGCGGGACCCAUUUUGUGACAGAUGCUGCCUCUCCCUCAGGCCCUUCACCUUUGUGCCUCGGGGACUCCCUGGCAGAGACAACAUUGUCUGAGGAUACUACAGACUCCAUUGGCAGCGCUUCUCCCCAUGGCUCGAGUGAAAAGAGUAGCAGCUUCUCUCUGUCCCCAACAGAAGUACACAUGGUCUGCCCAGGAUACUCUCAUCAGGUGUCUCUGCCCACAAGCCCUAGGAUUUUGGCCACCUCCCCAUAUCCUGAGACUGACAGUGCUUUUUUUGAGCCUUCCCAUCUGACAUCUUCUGCUGAUGAAGGUGCUGUUCAUGUCAGUAGAAGAACCAUUUCUUUGAAUUCCUUCUCACCAGAGGUAUUUGUGCUGCCUGUUGAUGUAGAAAAGGAAAAUGCCCACUUUUAUGUUGCAGAUAUGAUUAUAUCAGCAAUGGAAAAAAUGAAGUGUAACAUUCUGAGUCAACAGCAGACAGAGAGCUGGAGUAAAGAAGAAGUCAGUGGGUUACUUGGGAGUGAUCAGCCUGACUCUGAAAUGACUUUUGAUACCAACAUAAAGCAAGAGUCUGGGUCUUCUACUUCUUCAUACAGUGGCUAUGAAGGUUGUGCUGUGUUACAGGUCAGCCCAGUGACUGAAACACGUACUUACCAUGAUGUGAAAGAGAUUUGCAAAUGCGACGUUGAUGAUUUUGUUAUUUUAGAGCUUGGAGAUUUUAAUGAUAUCACAGAAACCUGUAGCUGUUCCUGCAGCUCCUCUAAGAGUGUCACUUAUGAGCCAGACUUCAAUUCUGCAGAACUAUUAGCCAAAGAGCUGUACCGCGUGUUCCGAAAGUGCUGGAUACUGUCAGUAGUUAAUUCUCAGCUGGCAGGUUCCCUGAGUGCAGCUGGCUCGAUAGUCGUAAAUGAAGAGCAUGUCCAAAAAGACUUUGAAUCCAGUAUGAAUGUAGUACAGGAAAUUAAAUUUAAGUCUAGGAUCAGAGGGACUGAAGACUGGGCUCCUCCUAGAUGUCAAAUCAUAUUUAAUAUUCAUCCACCACUCAAGAGGGACUUUGUGGUGGCAGCCCAGAAUUUUUUCUGUGCCGGCUGUGGAACUCCAAUAGAGCCUAAGUUUGUGAAGCGGCUGCGGUACUGCGAAUACCUAGGGAAGUAUUUCUGUGACUGCUGCCACUCAUAUGCAGAGUCCUGCAUCCCUGCCCGAAUCUUGAUGAUGUGGGACUUCAAGAAGUACUACGUCAGCAAUUUCUCCAAACGGCUGCUCGACAGCAUAUGGCACCAGCCCAUUUUCAAUUUGCUAAGCAUCGGCCAAAGCCUGUAUGCGAAAGCCAAGGAGCUGGACAAAGUGAAGGAAAUUCAGGAGCAGCUCUUCCAUAUCAAGAAGCUGUUGAAGACCUGUAGGUUUGCUGACAGUGCAUUAAAGGAGUUCGAGCAGGUGCCGGGACACUUGACUGAUGAGCUCCACCUGUUCUCUCUUGAGGACCUGGUCAGGAUCAAGAAAGGGCUGCUGGCACCCUUACUCAAGGACAUUCUGAAAGCUUCCCUUGCACAUGUGGCUGGCUGUGAGCUGUGUCAAGGAAAGGGCUUUAUUUGUGAAUUUUGCCAGAAUACGACUGUCAUCUUCCCAUUUCAGACAGCAACAUGUAGAAGAUGUUCAGCGUGCAGGGCUUGCUUUCACAAACAGUGCUUCCAGUCCUCCGAGUGCCCCCGGUGUGCGAGGAUCACAGCGAGGAGAAAACUUCUGGAAAGCGUGGCCUCUGCAGCAACAUGAUGCCCCUGAAUACUGUGAAAAAGACUGUUCAGCAUGCCUUAUGAUAACACCGAUUUGUGUCUAUUAUUGGUGACAUUGUUUUAGAUAUCGGGUAUUGUAUAUUAAGGAAAAAGAUGGUCUAUAUUCUCUUUAUUGCAUAUACUUAAUGUUUCAAAAGAAUGCAGAUUCUGUGAUUAAGCACAGGGUUGAUAGUAGUGGUUUUGUUUACAAAUGUUCUGUUUUGGCUGCUAUUGGUUUUUUAAAGAGGUUUUUUAUACUUUUGUAUUUGAAUAGUUAUGUUUCGCUGAUGCUGAGCCAGUUUGUGUGUGUGUGCAUAUAUGUGAACUGUAACUGACAAGAUGAGUUACUCAAUUUCUCUUCCUCUAAAGCUUGUUUGAUGAAACUGGUUGGUCCUUUCAGUGAACAAAAAUAUGACCCCAAAUCUGUUUGCUCUGGCUUUUAUUUCUUCAGGAAACAGACUUCCACUUAAAUGCCAUUUUGUGAUUGUGUCAAUCAUACACAUUUUAUUUACUCCAGAGUUUGAAUAGACAGUACACAUUUCUUCUGCAGAUUUAUUUCAUGAUGAGUUUGAGUUGCUUAGCAGGGCGUGUAGGUCCAGUUGAAGUGCAGUUUGAAGCAACUGCUUCUAGAUGGCACUCUUUCAGGUGGCACAAAUCGAACCUGUAUUUUCCAUCUCUGUUCCACACGCUGCAAUGUCAAGGGAUGCAGAAGUGAGUAGAAUUCCAUCCCUGCCCUUGAGGGUCUUGCUUUAAUAGAUGUAAAACUGAACAUAAGGUAUUUGCAGAUUUAAACAAACUGGGGGAAAUAAUGAACAGUGUGAUUCUAGUAAUAACAUUAAAAUCACAGACAUCGACUAAGAAGGUUAAAUGAAUCACAAAACCUUUAUGAAUUUCUUUUUUCUAAUAGUUCUUAUAUGUUUUCCUGAAACAUGUGAGCCUAUUCUUUUUUCUUCUACUUUCUAUAUACUUUCUCCCACUUGAGAAAGGGGCCUUGAGGCUGCGUCCCUUCAUGGUAUACCUUUAGACUGAACGGUUUUCAACCUAGGGCUUGGGUGUUAUAUUCCCUGGGAUUCACAUGCCCUAACUAAACCUACCUUGAUUUUCUUAGACAGCACAGGCAGGCAAUAAAGUGUCACAGAUUGUCCCCUAACCC